AUGACGCCUCAAUAUGCCGGGGUGGAUCUUCGCAGAGCUUCUGAGGCACCUUUUAAAUGUGAAACUAUUGAUAGUGGUUUGUCACUUCUCGUUAAAGUAGAAGAUGGAUUGGUGCUUUCCUUCAUGAAAGGGAUCCAACAGAUUUACGAGGUCAAGUUGAACGACUCCUCUGAAUGUCACCGCUGCUUUGAAAAGUCAGCAUUAGUUUACCCUGCGAAGUCAGGUCAGGAUGACAACAAGGAAUCUUACAUUAUAUCGUUCCCUACCUCGAAGGAUUUACUCAAUUUUCUGGAUGUAAUGAGGAAAAGGCUCAAGUUAAAGGAGAAGGGGAAAACGCAGGGUGCGUCGACAUUCGACGAGAGAACUGAUUCGUGGUCGGCCGUACAAUACUUCCAGUUCUACAGUUAUCUCAGUCAACAGCAGAACAUGAUGCAGGCAAGUUCCUGUCUCACUGAUUACGACUACAUCAGGACCGCAACAUACCAGAAGGCAAUAUUGGCAAACGCCUCUGUCGAUUUUGCUGGAAAGGUAGUCCUCGACGUUGGUGCCGGUUCUGGAAUUCCCAGCUUCUUCGCCAUCCAGGCGGGCGCCAAACGUGUCUAUGCUGUCGAAGCGUCCAAUAUGGCCACUCACUGCAAUACUCUUGUGCAGUCGAACAAAUUGGCGGGUCGUAUAGUUGUUAUAAGUGGGAAAAUAGAAGACAUCGUUCUACCAGAACCCGUAGAUGUGAUUAUUUCUGAACCCAUGGGUUAUAUGCUUUACAAUGAACGGAUGUUAGAGUCAUACGUCCACGCAAGAAAGUUCCUCGCUCCCCAGCACCGGCGUUCUCAUAACAGAAACAAGGGGGACGGCCAGCAACCAGAUUCUCGUGAAGACACCAUCAUGCGAGAGGAGGGAAAAUCCGAAACGGAUGAUGAAGAUAGUACAGUGGCUGAGCCCAAGCCCGGUGUUAUGUUCCCGUCUGUGGCUCAGUUGUUUGUGGCUCCUUUCAGCGACGAAGCUCUGUUUGCUGAGCAACACACUAAAGCUAACUUCUGGUACCAGCAAAGUUUCCAUGGAAUGGACCUUAGCGCACUGCGUAAUGCUGCAAUCGCAGAGUACUUCAACCAACCUGUGGUCGACACUUUCGAUAUCGGUCUCUGUCCUGCUGCGCCCUGUGUUCAUAAGGUGGACUUCCGGACAGUGAAAGAAUCGGAAUUGGCAGAAAUCACAAUCCCCCUCCAUUUCCAGAUUGAUCAAUGCUCAACGAUUCACGGCCUGGCCUUCUGGUUCGAUGUUGGCUUCCUCGGUUCACAGAAAGAUAUUUGGCUUUCGACUGCACCCACCGAACCACUGACCCAUUGGUACCAGGUACGCUGUCUUCUCGGCACAACGCUCUUCGUGCAGGAGGGUCAGAUACUCACGGGCACGGUGCGAAUGAAGGCCAACACUCGGCAGUCCUACGACGUGGACAUUGAGCUUGUCAUCCCCGGAAGUGAUACGAAGGUAAAAUCCAAGGCUUGUGGAGUCGGUCAAGAUCCUCAAUUUUAUUCGCCAUCCAUCUUCAAGACGCUUUUACUGUGCAAAGGCUAG